GAAGGCUUGACGGGUGUGGCUGGCUCCCUCCCCAGGGCCUGCUCUGUUUCCAAUCUGGGCUUUGCUGGCCGGGGCAGUGCUUCUCCUGGCUCUCUGCAGGACCUCAGGCUCCAGGAAUUUGGACCGAGUGGUAGAGACAUCGCCGGCAGAGACGGCAGUUGCCAGCUUCCUCCCUGCGCUGUCUUGUGAUUCAAAGCAGACUCUGCUCCACUUUUUAAAAAGGGGAGCACGUUAAUGCUGGAGACCCACAAGAACAGGAUCAAGCAAGGAGACACAACAGUCUGAUGCAAGAGUCCGUGAGAAGAUUCCCUGCCUCCAUGCAGCCGGCCCUGUUCACGCUCUUCCUGCUUCACACCUGGCUCCGUGGAGGACAGGGCGACCUCCGUGAGGACCUGACCUUGCUGAAGACCGAGCUUGCGCUUCGCCUCUACCAGGGUGCAGCGGCCCCUAGAAAUGAAACCAACGUUGUCAUUUCUCCUGCUGGCGUGUCCCUUGCUCUGGAAAUCCUGCAGUUUGGAGCCCAAGGGAACACCGGCCAGCAGCUGGCCGAGGCCCUGGGUUACACCGUCCAUGACCAGAGGGUGAAACAGUUCUUACACACUGUUUACGCCACCCUGCCCAACUCCGGACGAGGCACCAAAAUGGAGCUGGCCUGCACUCUUUUCGUGCAAGCAGGAACGCCCCUCUCCCCCUGCUUUGUGGAACAGAUCUCCCAGUGGGCCAACAGCAGCCUGGAGCCAGCCAACCUCAGGGAACCCAACAGCACCAGCAUCGGGGUCAACGAAUGGGCCUCCAGGCAGAUGGCAGGUGACAACCCAGGUGGCCCGACAUGGGAGCGCGGUGGCGGUGUAUUUCCCCAGCUGGCACUUGUGAGCACCAUGUCCUUCCAGAGCACUUGGCGGCAGAGAUUCUCCUCCAGGGACACUCAGCUCCUGCCUUUCACCUGUGCCCCGGGCCUGGUCCUCCAAGUCCCCAUGAUGUACCAAAUGGCCGAGGUCAACUACGGCCAGUUCCAGGACCCUGCAGGCCAUCAGGUGGGGGUGCUGGAGCUGCCUUACCUGGGAAACACAGUGAGUCUGCUCUUGGUUCUGCCGCGUGACAAAGACACCCCGCUGAGCCACGUUGAGCCACACCUCACAGCCAGCAUCAUCCACAUCUGGACCUCCAGCCUCAGGCGAGCCAGAAUGGACGUGUUCCUGCCCAGAUUCAGGAUCCAAAAUCAUUUCAAUUUAAAAAGCAUUUUAAAUUCUUGGGGAGUCACCGAUCUUUUUGAUCCACUCAAAGCUAACUUGAAAGGAAUUUCAGGCCAAGAUGGCUUUUAUGUUUCUGAAGCGAUCCACAAAGCCAAGAUUGAGGUUUCCGAGGAAGGCAGCAAGGCGUCUACAGCCACCGCUCUGUUGUUACUGAAAAGGUCUCGGAUUCCUUUUUUUAAAGCAGAUCGGCCAUUCUUCUUUUUCCUGAGAGAACCCAACACAGGAUUUGUCUUCAGUAUUGGGAGCGUUUCAAAUCCCCUAGACUAAAUUAAGAGAUCUCAAGCAUGUUCUCCACUGUCAACUAUGCUUUUCUUCAUAAAAAGUUACAAUUGCAUUCUGCUAUACCCCUGAAAUUUUAAAAAUGUUCCACGAAAGUGUAAAAAGAUAAGGGUAUGUGAUUUUCAAAUAUUAUGAAACUAAAAUUCCAUCAAUUUUACUAUAAUUUUAUAAAUUUAUUUUGCCCUCUGUUAAUCUAAAUGUAUUUUAACCUUCUUUUCUAUUGGUUACCCCAAAAGCACUACAAGGCACAGCAGUGAUCUAUGAAAGGUGAGUGAGGAGUCUGGUCACAGGGUCAACGUCCUCAGUGAAGUCAUCUGAGGUUGUGUUGGACUGAGAGUGGACAAUGAAUAGUGUUGGUUUUUCCUUAUCCUGGGUAUUUCAGGGGGAAUACAAAAUGAGCAAAGUCAUCUUAAAUAUUUGUUUCCUUUCCAUUUAGCUUCUAAACAAAAUGAAGAGUUUAAGUGUAAGAACAGCAGAGGAAAACAAAGAGAUCCCCUGUGAACUCCCAAUUUGUUGUGGGACUUCUGUAAGCAUGGCAUCAAGCUGCUAAAGGCUGGCCAUUUCAGACUAUGUGGUGUGCCCCAAACUUACACCUCCCUAACUGGCAGCUUCAACUUAGUGCCACCCAUAAUCCUAGUGAGAACGGAAAAAGACGUUGAAGGGGAGUAAGGAAACCAAUAAUGUCAAAGAUGUCUGCGUUUUAAACAGCUUUUAAAGUGUCUGCCUAUUUGCCACAGAUACCAUCUCUUCUAUUAUCUAGGCAGAAAUGGGAAUAUGUUGGUGUAGCCAACAAAAUCUAAGAACAUAGAGUAAAAAGACAAUGCAGAUUAUGUAACAGAUAAUUACAGUUAGCUUUAACAAAUAUGAACUUCAAGUGGUGUAUCUGUCCAAUGCUUAAAAAGCAAGGCCUUUAAAAUUCCAUUAUCCUUAAGAUGGUUUUAAAUGAUUACUUUAAAUGUGAUUAUUUCCUAAACCACACAAGAGUAAAAUAGAGCAUUUAUUGAUGGAAUAACAAAAGUGCUUUUCUUAAAUAUUCUUCAAAAUACAUUUGUACAACUUACAAUAAUAUAUCCAAAAUAACUGUAUAUACAAAACAUUA